ACGAAAAUGUUUGUUAUGUAAAAUUAGCUUUGGCUGCUCAGCUACUCAUACUCAGUACCAUAUAUAAUAAAUUAUGUUUGUGUAAUGGCAAAUUAUGCGCGACUCUUAUCAGGCUUGCAGUGUGAAACCACCAUGUUUUUAUUAUACUUUGCUUAGCAAAACGACCAUAUAUAUUAAAUAUUAGUAACACAAUCCACCACAAAUACUUCCUGUGCUCUUAGUGAUGCGUUCAACUUCUGACAGUAACGCGCCAUUUUUGAAGCCUUCAGUAGCGUAGUGGUUAACUCUCCACAGCUCCUCUCUCUGUGAUUCACUUCCUGAUAGUUACUGGGAGGUUUAUUUUAUUCAGUAACUGAAAAUGGUGGGUGAUAGGAGCAAUAAGAACCGGGUGGCCCCUAGCCUUGUGCUGUUUUAUAACCGACAACCUAGCCCGGUGGCGACCUGCUUCGUUAUAGCAAUAAUACUGUCUAAGGCUGUGCUCGGGUUUGGGGCCCAGACAGGCGGCUACAGCGACACUGUAAAGACUGUCAGCUCCAGUAACUGGACGGCGGUCUUGGAGGGGGAGUGGAUGAUAAAAUUCUAUGCCCCUUGGUGUCCAGCUUGUCAGCAAAUCAAGUCUGAGUGGAAAAACUUUGGAAAACAAAGUUCUGCUCUCAAUAUUAAUGUUGGAAAAGUAGAUGUCACUGAAGAACCAGGAUUAAGUGGACGGUUCUUCGUUACAACACUUCCAACAAUUUACCAUGCCAAGGAUGGGGUUUUUCGAAAAUAUCAUGGCUCGCGAGUGGUGGAUGACCUACAGACUUUCAUUGUUGAAAAGAAAUGGGAAAUUAUUGAGCCAAUCGCUGGAUGGAAAUCCCCCUCCUCCAUUUUGAUGUCUGGAAUGGCAGGUCUCUUUCAUCUGUCUGGGUGGAUCCGGCAAAUGCACACCUACUUAAUUGUCACUCUUGGAAUUCCUGCCUGGGGAUCUUACAUCAUCUUUAUUCUAGCCACUUUGUUGAUUGGUCUUGUCCUUGGUUUGAUAUUAGUAUUGUUGGCAGACUGUUUCUGUCCAUCUAAAGUGAGAUAUGAAGUGAUAAGAGCUGAGGACCAUGAGAAAAACAUGGUUUUAAAUGAAGAUCCUAUAGUGUCUUCUGACGAGAAGAAAGAUCUUUCUGAUGAUGAUGAAGGAAAUAAUGGUACUAACGAGUCCGAGGAGGAUUCAGCUGAAAAUUCUGCAGUGGAAUAUUCUUCCGAUGUUGAGGAAGAAGAGGAAGCAGACCAAGAGGAAAUAGACAAUCUUCAGAAAGACCAAGACUACAAUCAUGAGAAUGAAGGGAACCUCUCCCAAGAGGAACAGGGAACCACUCCUGAAUCAGAAAGUGUAUUGAGACAACGAAGAACUGAAGGAACUUCGGAUUAACAAAGAGUUGUCUUUCUUACCUGUGUUCAUCUUAAAGGACCAAAGAUAUAUGUGCCCAAAUUAUUUUUCUAAAUGUAAAUUCCAAAAUACCUAAUAUAAGUAAACGAUGAUGAAAGUAAUUAAUUUGGGACAUAGAAGAGCAGCAUUUUAUUACACAACACCAUUUCAUAGUUCUACAGAUAAUUAAAGCGUAUAGUAAAUUUCAAGCACAAAACCAUUUCCUUCCUGUAAAAAAUAUAUAUAUAAUAAUGUUUUAUUUUCAUAAACUUUAGAAGCUUGUUUAUGUAGUUUUUAUAUUAAUGUUCUAAAAUAUGUUUGGGUCCUGUAAUUUAUCAUUUGUGAUAGGUUAAUAUGUAAUUUACAUUACUAUUCAUCAAUUAUUGGAAUCAGGUUUUUAUAUAGUUGGAAAGAAAACCAUUUAGUAACUGAGUGUAUUUAAAGCAUCAAUGAAGGUCAUGCCCGGAAAAUGGAAGGAACUUAUUUGCUUUUUUUUUAUGUAUGUAAAUACAUCUGUUCUGAUAAGCCAUUUAUUCUGUGAAACCAGACAUUUGAUAACAUUUGUUUUGUAUGGUUGUUUACAUUUUUUUAUUUUCAUUAUAUAUCUAACCAUGCUUGCACUUUUUAAUACAGUAUUAAUCUGGCUUUUGUGUAAUAUCUUAAAUAUUCUUGUCUGGAUUACAUUAAUCUUCUCCGGCAGAGUUUUUUUUAAUUUAUCUGUCGGUCUAGAUAAAUAGAGUGUAGAGUUUGGUUUAUUUAUACAGCAACAUUUUCUUGCUGGCUGAUGAUUUAUUCAGCAUCAUUUUGUUUGAAAGUUAAAGAUUUAGUUAUUUAGAUUUAGAUUAGAAGUAGGGUCUAUUUACAUAUUAUUUUUUUGCUGAUAUCUUAAAUUGCUAUAGUGGUUUUUCUACUAGUGGGGUAUGAAAAUGAAAACUUUAAAAGCUUACAAACCAUAGUGCUAUGAGCAUUUUUCUGUUCUGGGUUAGCCAUUUUAACAAGCCCAACACAAGCCUAGAUUACAAGUAGAGCACAACUGUUAUCACUUGGUGCAUUAUUUUGCCCUUGUCUUCACACAAUCAAUAUUGGUCAAUAGAGUAUUACAUGUUGUUAGUUAAUCACAAAAAGACAUUUCAGUCCCACUUCAGGAGCCUAUUGAUAGUCCUUUCUUCAUGCACCAAGGUCAACUCUUCUUACAAUCACAAAGUUCAUCCACUGAAAGAAAUACAAAAGAAGGCUCUCCAAUGGCACAAUAUCUUUGAUACUACCAGAACACUGAUCCCAUCUCCACACACAAAGGAUGGAUACUCACAAAUGAGAAGCACUAUAUCAGCGCAGUCUGGGGGAAUUUGGAGCUUCCCAGCUAACUCAUCUCCGGUACUUGUCACUGUGAUAUUUCUGGCUUAUAUGUAGCCAAAAGGAAUUAUCCGAAACAGCACACAAAAAACCUUUUUGGCAAAUUCACAAAAUGUUAUUAAAAACAUAUUAAAUACUGCAACGCGUUUCCCAGGACAAAUGGUAUUGCUUCCUCAUGCUAGUUGAGCUAGCUGGGGAUCUCCUAAUUCACCCAGACUGAGCUGUUUGCACCGAUAUAGUGCACCUAAUUUGUGAGUGCCCAUCCUUUGUGUGUGGUUUCUUUUUUUGUAUUUCUUUUAGUGGAUGUUGUUAGAAUUUUUAAAGUGAAGCAUUUUAACUCGCCCAAGAGAGAUAGAUUAUAUAUAUAUAUAUAUAUAUAUAUAUAUAUAUAUAUAUAUAUAUAAUUUCCCAAGGGAGAUAAGCACAGUCUUACAGAGUUGUCACAGCUGACAGGGUGCAUUUUCGGUGUUAUAUUAACACCUUUGUCCAAUGUCAAAUCACAGAACAAAACAUGUCCCCAUUUGACAAAGGUGUUAAUAUAACACCGAAACGUUAUGUCUUUAUGAUACGUGCUUGAAUUGGAAUUAAAAUUGGAUAUUGUGUUCAAGUCCAGUGAGGGCCUUUUUUCUAUGAUGGAAAUUAUAUAUAUAUAUAUAUAUAUAUAUAUAUAUAUAUAUAUAUAUAUAUAUAAACCUAUACUUUUAAAGGAUAGUGCAAAACAGUACUAGCUCGCUCAUCGCCAGAUACGUUUAUACUUGUGCGCUAUUCUAGUAUUAAAGGGAUAUGAUUUCAUGAUUCAAAUAGAGUAUACAGUUUUAAACUACUUUCUAAUUUACUUCUAUUAUCAUUUUUUCUUUGUACUCUUAACAUCUUUUGUUUGAAAAGCAGACAUAUCCUAAGUAACCUGCACAUUUCUGGAGCAGUAAAUGGCAGCAACUUUGCAAGAAUGUUAUCCAUUUGCAAGAGCUCUAUUUCCUGCCAUAUAGUGCUCUAGACACCCACUAUCUCUUCAAUAAAGAAUAUCAUCAGAACAAAGCAAGUUUGAUAGAAGUAAAUAGGAAACUUUUUUUUUUUUUUAAAUUGUAUGCUCUGAAUCACAAAAUAAUUCUUUGGGGUUUCAUAUCCCUUUAAUAGCCACAUUCUAUUGGCAAUUCAUAUACACCUUAAAAUGUUACAGAAACACCACUCAGCGUUGCACAUUCAAUUUAGCCAACAUAAAUAAUGAACAGAAAUCGGUUACUUAAGAGAAAUUAAGCAUUCCGUGCUAUAUCACACGAGUACUGUGUCGCUAAAGUGAUAAAUAUUAAUCAUCCAUUAGUACCACAAAGCAAAAAUGUACAAUACAUUGUGUGCCAGCAGUGUUUCAGCUCCAUACCACUUGCAUUUGUAUGCUUCACUUGUAAUCUAGGCUACAGUCAGCAAGUAACAGAUCUAGUAAAAUGUAUUGUUAAAAAAAAGAUUUACACCCAUGGGGCUGCAAAGCUUCAAUGUUUGAUUAUUAUAUUAUACUACUCAAAAUGUUGUACGUUUUCUUCUUUUUAAAUUGUGCUUGUGUUGCUGAAAGACAUUUUAAAAUGUAAUAUAUUUUAAAAUAUAAUCAUUUUAUCACCA